AUGUCGCCCGAUUCUUCCGCGUUUUCUCCUUCUCGCGCAGUUUUUGGAAGGACCUUAUCUACUCGUCGCAGCCUCGCCCUCAAGGCCCUCUCGCUCGUGAGCUUUCCGGGAUCGUCAACCAUUACUCUGCUAGCAAAUCCCGGAGACACUGGCGGAGAUAUCGGCGGAGAUACCGGCAGUGGCGGCGAAAUUGGGGGAGGGGGCGAUGCGGGGGAAGGCGGAGAACCUGGCGGACCUGGCGGAGACGUCGGCGGCGAUCAGGGCGGUCCUGAGGGCCCCCCUGGUGGCGACAACGGGGAUACCGCCAGUGGCGGAGAUCCCGGCAGUGGCGGCGACGUUGGGGGAGGCGAGGACGGCCCGCCACUGAUCGGCGCUGGCGGAAAGGGAGGAAAGGGCGGAAAGGGAGGGAAAGGUGGAAAGGGCGGAAAGGGAGGAAAGGGCGGAAAGGGAGGGAAAGGGGGCAAGGGGGGAAAGGGAGGGAAACCUGGUAACCAGCAGGGUGGAGCUGGCGGAGAGCAGGGGGAAGCUGGCGGAAAGCAAGGGGGAGCUGGCGGAGAGCAGGGGGGAUCUGGCGGACAGCAGGGAGGAUCUGGUGGAGAGCAGGGCGGGGCUGUUGAGGGGCAGGGGGGGUCAGGGGGGGCGGAUGGUAGCCAGACUGGGGGCAUAACGAGCACCGGAAAGGGCGGAAAGGGAGGAAAGGCUGGGAAAGGCGGAAAGGGUGGGAAAGGAGGGAAAGGGAGCAAGGGGGGAAAGGGAGGGAAACCUGGUAACCAGCAGGGCGGACCUGGCGGAGAGCAAGGGGGAUCUGGCGGAGAGCAAGGUGGGGCAGGCGGAGAGCAGGGGGGAUCCGGCGGAGACCAGGGAGGACCCGGCGGAGAGCAGGGGGGAUCUGGUGGAGGGGCUGGCGGGGAGCAGGGUGGGGCGGAUGGUAGCCAGACUGGGGGCACAACGAGCACCGGAAAGGGCGGAAAGGCUGGGAGGGGCGGAAAGGGUGGGAAAGGAGGGAAAGGGGGCAAGGAGCUGGUUACCAGCAUCGUCCUUUGGCUGCUGCUCAAUCUUCUCGUUCCCCUGCUCUUCAAGCGCGCGGAGUUCUCUCUCCGCGCAUCCCCCUUGCACUGGCGCUGGCUGCGCGGAGGCAGGAGGAGGGGGAGCCUCAAGCGGAAGCGCAGGGCAAGGGGAGGCGAAUGCGAUAGUCAAGGGGGAGGAAGUGCCCAAAGCGAAUGUGCUAAUAAAGGGGUCGGAGGAGGCUUGGAUAGCAGCGGAGAGGAGGAUUGGGGGGAGAGUGGUGGGAGAAGGGGAGGGGCGGAUGGAGGGGAGAUGAGGGGGAGUAAGGGAGAGGUAGGGGGAAACGAUGGGAGAGCACAGGGCGAAAGGGAGCGAGAAGGGGUUACCCUCACAAGUGGGGUUACAUCUAGCAUAGGGUACAUUCAGGUCCACACCACGUGCUUCAACCCUUGGCUAGAGCGGCUUCGCAUGCUGCCUGCUAAGUCAGCUACCAAGAGCCUGCGUCGCCUUCCUAUUGGCCUCUCUGGUGCGUGUGUGCAUACAACCCUCCCUCAUCUCUCCCCAUUCGCAUUCACAUGGGGGGUCAUUGCAGCCUGCGUCGCCUUCCUAUUGGCCUCUCUGGUUCUUCUAUGGGACGGCCUUGUUGCUUCCCUCCUCGUCCCUCUCCUCCGCCACCUCUCCACCUCAUCCCAGCACCUAGCGGAACAGCAGCGCUUUUACCCUCACACCCACUCUCACAACCACUCUCACUACAGUCACAUCCCUUCUGCUGUAAACGCCUCUUUCGGACCUUCCUCUCCUGUCGUCGCCCUCUCUAGAGCAACGGGUGCUGCAGCGUCCCUUGCAGCACAGCAAGCGUCCCAUGCAGCACAGCAAGCCGUCCAAGCAGCAGAGCCACACCCCGCUGCCCCAGCAGAACCAGCAACGUCCGCCACUCCUGCUGCGACCUCUUCCUCCCUGCAUCUUCUACAGCCUGUGCGUGCCUUGCAGCACAGCAAGCUGUCCAAGCAGCACAGCAAGCUGUCCAAGCAGCACAGCAAGCUGUCCAAGCAGCACAGCAAGCUGUCCAAGCAGCACAGCCACACCCCGCUGCCCCAGCAGAGCCAGAUGCGCAUGCUGCACGGCAAGCAAGCAACCGCCCCUGCCUCUGCUGCGACCCCACCAUCCUCGCUUCACGUGCUACAGCCAGUGGUGCUGCCAGGUGUCAACAUGCCAUUGGCCGAUCUCGGGUACCUCUUUAUAGCCACGCUUAUCAGCCUGGCGUGGCAUGAGGCAGGGCACGCCGUAGCUGCUGCCGUGGGAGUAGAGGGAGUGCGAGUGCAGCACGUGGCAUGCUUCCUCCUCGCUCUGCUGCUCCCCGGAGCACACGUGGCCUUCCAUCCCGCCGACUUCCACGCCCUGCCUCCCUUUCGCCUGCUGCGAAUCCUCUCUGCCGGCAUAUGGCACAACAUGGUGGUGAGUGCUGGCAUAUGGCACAACAUGGUGGUGAGUGCUGGCAUAUGGCACAACAUGGUGGUGAGUGCUGGCAUAUGGCACAACAUGGUGGUGAGUGCUGGCAUAUGGCACAACAUGGUGGUGAGUGCUGGCAUAUGGCACAACAUGGUGGUGAGUGCUGGCAUAUGGCACAACAUGGUGGUGAGUGCUGGCAUAUGGCACAACAUGGUGGUGAGUGCUGGCAUAUGGCACAAUAUGGUGGUGAGUGCUGGCAUAUGGCACAACAUGGUGGUGAGUGCUGGCAUAUGGCACAACAUGAUGGUGAGUGCUGGCAUAUGGCAAAACAUGGUGGUGAGUGCUGGCACAUGGCACAACAUGGUGGUGAGUGCUGGCAUAUGGCACAACAUGGUGGUGAGUGCUGGCAUAUGGCACAACAUGGUGGUGAGUGCUGGCAUAUGGCACAACAUGGUGGUGAGUGCUGGCAUAUGGCACAACAUGGUGGUGAGUGCUGGCAUAUGGCACAACAUGGUGGUGAGUGCUGGCAUAUGGCACAACAUGGUGGUGAGUGCUGGCAUAUGGCACAACAUGGUGGUGAGUGCUGGCAUAUGGCACAACAUGGUGGUGAGUGCUGGCAUAUGGCACAACAUGGUGGUGAGUGCUGGCAUAUGGCACAACAUGGUGGUGAGUGCUGGCAUAUGGCACAACAUGGUGGUGAGUGCUGGCAUAUGGCACAACAUGGUGGUGAGUGCUGGCAUAUGGCACAACAUGGUGGUGAGUGCUGGCAUAUGGCACAACAUGGUGGUGAGUGCUGGCAUAUGGCACAACGUGGUGGUGAGUGCUGGAUGGCUAUCCUUUCAGCCUCACGUCACAUCAUUGUGCCUCACAUCUGCUCCCUCCUGUGAGCACAUGUGGCCUUCCAUCCCAUCUUCUCUCUGCCUGCCUCCUGCCCGCCUGCUGAGAGUGCUUUCCACCGGCACAGUGGCGCAACAUAGUGGUGAGUCUUGUGCAUUGAGUGUCGAAGUAGAACAGGUGGGCUGCGGAGGCGCAACAGUGGCGCAACAUGGUGGUGAGUCUUGUGCAUUGAGUGUCGAAGUAGAACAGGUGGGCUGCGGAGGCGCAACAGUGGCGCAACAUAGUGGUGAGUCUUGUGCAUUUCUGCAUGGCUUGGCACCACCCUCUCUUGUUUUCUCUCUUGUGAGUCUUCCAACCUUUUCACUUCCACUCCCUGCCUUCCCCUUGCCUGCUGAGAGUGCUUUCCGUCACCAGCUGGCGCAACAUAGUGGUGAGUCUUGUGCAUUUCUGCAAUUUCUCCGUCUUGCGUCCCCACUCGUUCUGCAACUUCACCCUCACCCCGCUCGCCCCUCACCCUCUCUGUUCCCCUCCCCUCUCCCCACUCCCACCAUUGCAGCUGUCUCUGCUGCUCCUCUCCUCUCCCCCUUUCUCCAAACCGCGCUCUUCCUUCCUCUCUACCCCAUCUUAUCCACCCUGUUCCCAUCUUUCCCUACCCAUCUGAUCUGGCCCCACUCCCACCUAUGCAGCUGUCUCUGCUCGCUCUGCUGCUCCUAUCCUCUCCCCUCCAAGCGGUCCUCUUCCUUCCCCUCUACUCCCAGUCACCACCAGGCCUUAAGUCCCCCCCCAGGCCUCAAGGUUACAUCCGUGCAUCCGCUCUCCCCUCUCUUCAGUCACAUUCGCCCAGGAGACUCCUUACUAGUACUUGACCACACUCCGCUUUCCUCUCCUGCCGACUACACUCACCUCCUCUCCCAUCUCUCCCACCUCUCCCACGUCUCCUACCCUCUGCCUCCUUCGAUCCCUCCCUCACCUCCUUCCCGUGGGUAUUGCAUUUCCCUCUCGGCCAAUCACAAGCUGCCACCUGGAUUCCUGACUCCUCCAGCCUUUCCAGCCAAUGGGAUCCGUCUGCAUGGCCCCAGUCCUUCCUCAUCACCAUCUGCUGCUCCUAGUGCAAUUUCAGCCCUCCCCCUACUCACCCUCCUCCUCCUCGACCUCUUCCUCCUUUUCCAGUUCCUCUCCUUCCUCCUCCACUUCCUCCGCUCCCUCCUCUCUAGUGUUUGUGGGAACCAUUGA